CUUUUCUCCAGAGAUGCUGCCUGACCUGUUGGGUCACUCCAGCACUUUGUGUAAACUAAGACAAUUGACGCAGUCUCCAACGUUGGUUAAGGACUACUCUGAUGCAGAGAAUGCGUUGUUUUCCGCCCACAGUUAUUGCUUGCUCCCGAGUCUCCAAACAGAAACAGAAACCGCAGGCGACUGGGCGAAGUGUUUAAACCAGUGGUUUCCCCCCUGCACCGGGUUUAAUGAGAAGGCGAAGUGCGAUCGGUCAGGAUGAAUAUGGUCGGCGGGGAUUGAACAAGGCACAGGAUACAUCAUCUGCCUGGUGACGGUGAACUGAAUUCUGGAAAUGGAUUUAUGCCUCACAUUUUAUCUUUAUUUCAUUCUACACUUAUGCGUACCCUCUGCAGAAACAUUUGUGCAUUUGGAUUGUGAUAAAUCAGUGACAGGAAUACUGCAUGAGGAUACCAUCCUACCGUGCAGGACGGAUGAAACAGGUCCAAUUGACAUCACAUUAAUAAAACUGCAUCAAAAUCGAACCCGUGAUGAAAAAUUGAUCUCCAUCUCAAGUGAAAAUGUUCGUAGAAGUCAGGAUCGAAUCCAAUUACGUUGUCAAGAUGAAUUACGUUGUCAACAUGAUCUGUCACUGAUAAUCCAUAAAACGGAACUGUCAGAUAACGGGACGUAUCAGUAUGCCUUGUAUGCAAAUCAUGGACAUACAUUUUUUUACAUCACUUUGAUCGUUGAAGCAUUUGUGACUUUGGUUUGUAACGAAUCAGUGACAGGAAAACUGCUUGAGGAUACCACCCUACCAUGCAAAACAGAUACAACAGGUCCAACUAACAUCACAUUAAUAAAACUGCAUCAAGAUCCAACCCGUGAUGAAACAUUGAUCUUUAACUCAAGUGAAAAUGUUCGUGGAGGUCAGGAUCGAAUCCAAUUACGUCAUCAAGAUCCAUAUGAUCUGUCACUGAUAAUCCAUAAAACGGAACUGUCAGAUAACGGAACAUAUCGGUAUACUGUGCAUACUGAUCAUGGACAUGACUUUGCGCUCAUCACUUUGAUCGUUGAAGAAUCUGUGUACUCAAAUGCAGCAUUGGGGAAACCAGAAGACAAGGAGAGAACUGGUGUUGGUCUUAUUCUAUCCAUGGUUUUCUUAAUGCUUCUGAUAUUCUCAGCAAUGUUUUACUACAAAAAAUGGUCAUCUCGAGCAUCGAUCAGGAGAUUUUCUGAAACAUCGCGGUCAAAUUUAAUAGCCAAUUGACUGAGAUCUGAUCCUUCAGAAAAGAAGAGUGAACGAAGAGUGUAUAAACAGAGCUGAAAUAACAAGAAGAGACUUGACAUUCAGAAGAUUAUGAUCAGGCAUCACUCAAGUAAAAAAGAAAGAUAACCUUUGCUAUAUGAUUACUCAAAUUUCUUGGCAACGUUGUAAAUCUUUGAUGACGAAGAAAUUAUCAUAAAAUUUGUUUUUUGGCAAUUUUCAA